GGUGCAGUCCACAGAAAACAGAACUUCGGCUCCUCAAAGGCAAACAAAAAGAAGCACAAGGAAUUUUAAGUUAUGGAAAGUUUUUAAACAAAGGCAACCACUAAACUGCAUUAAAAGAGGAAGACUAAAUCGGGCUGUUAAGAGUAUAGACCUGCAGCACAAUUUCAACUCCUGGACAUACAUACUGCGAAGAGGAAAAGAAGAAUAAUUUUAGAGCUGCCCAGCCCACCGGCAGGUUCGGGGAGGCCCCGCGGCGCCGCCUCACCUCUCUCCCGCAGCCGCCGGAUGUUUUCGGCCGCCAGCGCCCGCCCGGACACCUCCUCUUCGGCCUCGUAGCAGGUGGCCACGAGGCGGGCGGCGGCGGCUCCGCAGAGGGCGGCCGCGAAGGAGAAGUUGCCCUCGCCGAGGAGCAGGACGCGGCGCCCCGACCGCAUCCCGGCGCGGAGCCGCCGCCGCCGCUUGCGGCACAAGAUGGCGCCGCCCCGAGGAGCCGGAGGCGGGCGGCGGCGGCGGCCGUUGGCGGGCGGCGGCGGCCGUUAGACGCGCGCGCUGCCCCCGCGGAAGGGCCGAGCCUCUCUGCCGCGCUGCGGGGGGAAAGGCUCCCCGGGGGUCCCCUGUAAGAAGCAGCGCUUCUCCUGGCAUCAGGGAGACAGUCGUCCCUUUCUGCCCCGCCGCAUGGCGCACACGGGGCCGUGGCACCCGUGCCACGGCUCGCUGCUGCGCGCCACCGGCCACGGCGAGGUGUGGGCGGACUGGAGCCCCACCGCCAAGUUCUCCCAGUUCGGCUGGAGGUGCACCACCAACGAAAGCGAUUAUUCGCACAAAACCCACAUAGGGAACUGGAACGAGGAGCAAUGUGAUAUCCAGAAUAUCGUGCAGCCCAAGCCUCUGCCUUCCCAGAUAGCCCCAGUGCAACUGCCUUCUCUUUGCUGUUCAGCGGUUUGCCCUUUCAUGUAUGCUCACUGCUUUGAAACAACUUACUCUUCAGAUUACAACAAGGGAAAGCAUCAAAGAACAAGAAGAUUUAAGCGAGAACCUCAUUGGUUUCCAGGCCACCAGCCUGAGUUGGAACCCCCUCCUUUCAAACAAACUGAACAGUCCUGCUACAUGAUCGACUACAGGCCUCCACAUGGAAACAUUUCCUCUGCUGGUGUCCAAGGCUCAGAGGAAGAACAAGAGGGUGCAGGAAAAGCAAUAGCAAAUCUACAGACUGUGUCUCCAGAAUGACAGGAGGCCUAUCUGCUAGCAGUGCUACAAGGAUGGCCUUCAAGAAGAAAAACCUUUCAAACAUUAAAACCAAAUGUAGCAGCAUGUGAGAAACAUUCUUCCUGCUUCUCAAACUGUACUGUUUGUCACUUGGGUGUUUUUCUAUCACUUGUUUUGUGUACAGAGGUGACUACAAGGCAUCUGAGUCAUGCUGUGCCUUCUCAGUGAAGCUCAAAUAAGACUCUGAGCUGGAAGAGCGUAUAGAGCCAGCUAAAAGGAAAUGCUAGAACUUGGCAUUUAGGUGGAAUUUGAGGCAUUUGACUAUGACCCCACAUCACUGAGUGUUUGUUUUAUUUCUCUCACAGCCACAGAAUAAGGAUCCCCUUUCACUUCAUUUGAAAUUUAAACUGAUGCCUUCUACGAGGUCUUUUGUCUUAGCAGGUAAAAGGAACAGAAAAAAAAUAGAUUGAUCUAUAACUGAGUGGGACCAUUAGGCGUUACCGGACAUAUUAGUGGCGUUCUGUCCUUUUUGGACAAGAAUUAUAGAAAUUCAAUUCCAGUGCUACUAAUUUUCCUUUCUGUGGGUAUCUCUUUGAAACCAGAGAUGCUAAGCAGCUGGUAGCACCUGAGAAGAACUUUGUAGCAUUUUGCAUGGCUCAACAAUGUUAACAUAAAUCCGAUGAAUAUUUUAGACUUCAGAUGCUAUUUAUUGUCUCAAGGGCACUAGCCACAUAGUUUCAAAGUGAUGUGAUUUGCACCACCAGAGCAGGACAUUUUCUCUGCUCUGGGUGUAUCUGUUUACAGCAGCUAUGCAACUGUCGUUUGCAGCCAGUCUGGAUUGGUUGCAGCGCUUGGACACUUCCCCAUGCCAUGAGUCAUUCUAGAGAUUUAAGAUACAAUUGUCCCCCAUUCAUUUGCUAUCUAAUACCCAUAUUUAGAACCGGUUUCAACUGUCAUGUAAUUGUCUUACUUACUCAUCUCUACUGGAGAGACUUUUCUGUUGCUUGUGAAACACAUUUAGAAAUCCUCCAGAAAAACUGAGGGAAAGUGCUCAUGCAAUUGCAUGUUUGCAAAACAUUAGAGUAAUGAAAUGAAACCAGCAAAGAGGUUCUAACCACCAGGACAAGCUCUCCUGGAUGCACCAGUGCUCAGGCUAUAAGCAAGAAUGAUGCCAAAUAUGUUUCCCUGCACAGGAAGCUUAAACAGCUUUCUUAAGACAACACUUCCCAAGUCCUGAGCAUUCAAAAACAGAAAAUACGAAGUGCUUAUUCAUGUUUUAUUUGUUAGUAAAUUUACUCAGCAUAAAUAAAUAAGAAGGGCCAUUCACUACAGCUGACAUCUGACGGCAAGUGUUCUUGAAAAGCCCAAGGCUGACUUUAAAUAGCAGCCUACUUUCUUUGGGAUCCUGCAAUGGCAGGCUUCUCCUCAUGGGUGAUAGGGAUCGUGCGCUCGGGCAGGUCACUUAGUUUCCUCGGUGCACUCACUGUCAGGACACCAUCCAAAGAGAGUGACGAGGUUAUGGUCAGAGGAUCGACGUCAGCUGGAAUCCUGUAUUUCCUGUUGAACUCCCUGGCAAUAAAGCCGUGCUCAUCCUUCAAAAGGAGAAGAAAAGGAACAGCUCUGAUUAGAAGUGUUCACUUGGUUCCAACUAAACCAUGGGCUCGUUCAUGGGCAUGCAGUCUGAAUUCAGGAAGCUCGAGCCCU